GAGAGAAAAACACAACACAAAAAGUCACAAACACAGAGCACAAAACAAAGAAACCACAAAGGUUGUGUGUGCUGUGCGUUUCCUUAUUCCAUUUUGCAUUUAGGUCAAAUCUCAGAAGCGCCACUUUUCGUUUCUUUUUCUUUCUUUCAGUCUCUCUCUCUCUCACACACACACAAACAAACCCAGAAAGACAAAGAAGAAGAAGAAGAAGCAAAAGAAGAAGAAAGAGAAGCAGGAUGAGAGAGAUAAUAAGCAUACAUAUUGGUCAGGCUGGGAUUCAGGUGGGAAAUUCUUGUUGGGAACUCUAUUGCCUUGAGCAUGACAUUCACCCUGAUGGUACAAUGCCCAGUGACCUUUCUGUGGGUGUUGCACACGAUGCUUUCAAUACCUUCUUCAGUGAGACUGGUUCAGGUAAGCAUGUGCCUAGGGCCAUAUUUGUUGACUUGGAACCAACUGUUAUUGAUGAAGUUAGGACUGGAGCUUACCGGCAACUAUUCCAUCCCGAGCAGCUAAUUUCUGGCAAGGAAGAUGCAGCUAAUAAUUUUGCAAGAGGGCAUUAUACAGUUGGGAAGGAAAUUGUAGAUCUGUGCCUUGAUCGAGUAAGGAAAUUAGCUGAUAACUGUACUGGCUUGCAAGGGUUUUUGGUGUUUAGUGCUGUUGGUGGUGGUACUGGUUCUGGUCUAGGGUCAUUGUUGUUAGAACGCCUGUCAGUAGACUAUGGGAAGAAGUCGAAGCUUGGAUUCACCAUCUAUCCUUCUCCCCAGGUUUCAACGGCAGUUGUGGAGCCUUAUAACAGUGUCCUUUCUACUCAUUCUUUGCUUGAACACACAGACGUGUCUGUGCUCUUGGACAAUGAAGCUAUCUAUGACAUUUGCCGAAGAUCCCUUGAUAUUGAGAGGCCAACUUAUACCAAUUUGAACCGAUUGAUAUCUCAAAUCAUUUCAUCCUUGACAACUUCAUUGAGAUUUGAUGGGGCUAUUAAUGUGGAUAUUACUGAGUUCCAGACCAACCUUGUACCAUAUCCCCGGAUCCAUUUCAUGCUUUCUUCAUAUGCCCCAGUCAUCUCAGCUGAAAAGGCAUAUCAUGAGCAGCUUUCAAUUCCUGAAAUCACAAAUGCAGUGUUUGAGCCCUCAAGCAUGAUGGCUAAGUGUGAUCCAAGGCAUGGGAAAUACAUGGCCUGCUGCUUAAUGUACCGGGGAGAUGUUGUUCCCAAGGAUGUUAAUGCUGCCGUUGGCACCAUCAAAACCAAAAGAACUGUUCAGUUUGUUGACUGGUGCCCAACUGGCUUCAAAUGUGGCAUCAACUAUCAGCCUCCAACAGUUGUACCCGGUGGUGAUCUUGCCAAGGUGCAGCGAGCUGUCUGCAUGAUCAGCAACAACACAGCAGUAGCUGAGGUUUUCUCACGUAUUGACCACAAAUUUGAUCUCAUGUAUUCCAAAAGAGCAUUUGUUCACUGGUAUGUUGGUGAGGGCAUGGAGGAAGGGGAGUUCUCAGAAGCCCGUGAAGAUCUGGCUGCUCUUGAGAAAGAUUAUGAAGAAGUUGGUGCUGAAGGUGUUGAUGAUGAAGAGGAAGCUGAAGAUUACUAAAGUAGUUCUGUGAGGGUGUUCGUAUGAAGUUUGCAUCUGUAUAUGAGCAUUUGCCUUUGCCCCUAUGCUUUAUUUUCAUGUUCUUCUAUUUCUUGUAUCAAUGUUUUGUGCAUGCCAUGAAAUUAUCAGAGUUUGUCUGUUCUGAAUAAUUGUUCUUUUUGUGAUAGUAAUGACUUGUUAUUUCAGGAUCAUGGUAUUAAUGAAAUGAUAUUUCAGGAUGA